AUGCCGGAGGCUCGUCUCUCCUCUUCCCACGACCUGAUCGCGUCCUCCUCCUCCUCCUCUGUCGCCGUUCCCGUCUCCGUCGAACUCCCGUGGACCCUCUCCGCCUCUGCGUCCACUAACUCGCACCACCCAAAUCCCGACCCCUCGAGACCAGCGAACCCGCCUUCGCUGUCCUUCUACCAUCCAACCUCGCCAAACCCCGACUCCUUUGCUGGUCGCGCCGCCGCUCGCCCUCCUCGGAGUUCUUCCUUGCUACCACCACCGCAUAUCGCGCCGGCCUUGCAACCCAGCUCUCUCGGAGCUUCGCGCCAGCAGUCGCCCAUCGCCGGUCACCGCUUGCACCCUCAAACUCCUCCUCGAUCCUCCCACAGCACCGCCGCUUCCCGUUCGCCCACCAACAACCCCGCUGAGGUCUCUUGGCUUCUAAACCGCUGGUCAACUUCUACCACUGGGUCCAACCGCACCUCCCAGGUGCCCCAGCGCGCGACUCAUUCCCGCUUUGGUUCUCGUGGGAGCGUCGAUGCGACCAGUCUUCUCAACCAAUCUCCACCGACCACGAGACCGUCACCCAGAAAACUCCAAAAGAAUCGACGACCCAGCGUUUCUUCCAGCUCGAGACCGCACGACCUCCCAGCGCCUGCACCAUCAUCGGAGGAAAGUCAACCCCCGCGGACACUACCCCCGAUCGCCUCAUUAUCCCCAUUGGAGCCUCCCAACCUCAGCGAAUAUCUCCAAGUCGGAGUAGAAGGGGCUGGCCCUGGUGUGACUGAGCGCCGACUACUAAGUGUCGCCCGCCAGGAGAGUCAGUCCCUCAUUCCACCAGGUACCACCGAAUCGACAGACCAAAUCACCACAGCUGCGUUUGCACGCCCCGGCUCUGCUGCGGUUCACCAAUCUACAAUGCCUUACGAUUACGAAGUAGAGGCACAUAUGCCUCGGGGUCAUUCCCGGAGUCGUUCGGGAAAGGGGAGUCACGAGAAGAGCCGUGGUACCAAGCCUGCAUCCCAGAAAGCCAUGCUCUCCAGAGCCUUGCAAAAAGCCAACACGGCAGUUCAGCUUGACAAUGCCCAAAAUUUUGAGGGCGCACGAGAGGCCUAUGCCGAGGCGUGCGAGCUUCUUCGGCAGGUGCUUCAGAAGACGACGGGCGACGAAGAUAAGCGAAAGCUAGAAGCAAUUCGACGCACAUACACCAGCCGAAUCGAGGAACUUGAUCAAAUAGCGCCUUGGCUGGAUGAGGACACAAAGGCGCUUCCGUCACGCCCCGAUAGCGAGUUCCGUCACCCAGACUCUGAGUCCAUGCUCCACCUCGACGACGAAGAAGCUGAGGAAGUCGCGGUUUUUGAGACAGCAACCAUCACGAGAGUAAUCAGGGACGACAGUCGAAGCCCCCAGCCGCCACAUGUGGCCCCCUCUCCAUCACGGCGAGCAAAUAAACCGAAACCGAUCGUUACUACCCUAACCCCAGAACCUGGCCUUCUCCAAUCUUCAUUCUCACGGUCACCCAUUCACCUUAGGUCACCCGAUCCUUUCUUACUACAGAGACCCUCUGAAUAUCCCUACAUGCCGGCACCUUUGUCACCACGCCGGCCGCCAUCUCCGCCAAGAGCCAAAGAAGAUAUGGACGCUCUAGUUCCGUCUGAUUUCGCCGUGGCUACAGCUCACCCCGUCGAGCCCAAAGACGCUCCGCACCAUGGACGAGAAGACAGCCUGAAUUCUUGGCUAGAUCCCAUUGAUGAGUCGGGCGGCUCGACAUCCUCCUCAGUUCACUCGCGCACGUCAUCUCUCGGUUUCAGAAGGAAGCAUAUCCGGGCUGCCAGCGGUAAUACUGAAGCCGAAUUCGAUACAGCGCUUGAUGCUGCGAUUGAAGCCGCGUACGACGAAGGCUAUGAACCAAUGAGUCCGACUGAUGGUUAUCGACCGAACAACAUGGGCGAGCCCAACGAGGAAGCUGUAGCCAACGCCCUACGGAAGGUUGAGAUCGCCCGCGAGCGGGUGAGGCAAACCGAACAAGAAGCCUUUGAUAUUGUUACCGAAAUGGAGAGACAACGGCAGCCCCAACAUCCAUUUCCACAAGACGGCCACAAUGGUCCUGAGGAUUUCUUUGAUGACAACUCAUCGGACGAGGAAGAGAGGAUCCUAGAGGAGAUGGCGCGCGACUACGGCAUUGAGCAAUUCGCCAUGGAUCCCAUGCAGAGGCCAUCAAUUCCCCGCGAAUCGGAUUCGAGUGGCCGAACUAUGCGGACUUGGCAUAGCUCAUCGGGCUCGAAUCCUCCCACAACAGCAACCUCACUCUCCACCGUAACGGAGAUGCCCCCACCCUUCUCGGGGAUGCCAACGGCCCCAGCUGCUCCACCACCGACGGGAUCGCUGCCAGAGCUACCUCCACCGCGGUCAUCGUCAUCGGCGCAAUCUGUACGAAACCGUCGGCUGUCGGGACAAAACCCGAAACAGCUCAAGAUUGAAACAGCGAAGCUCGGUCCUCCUCUGACCCAACAUUCAGAAGAUAUUACACCAGCAAAAUCUGCCGCUACAGAUGUACAGGACACUACUAUUUCAGCUAGCGUGGGCUCACGGUCGGCGACUGGCUUCCGCAGGCCGUCAUCACCACCACUCUGGGAAGCAAGCCCAUCUGACGACCUCCAGCCUCCAGCCUCGCCAUUUAGGCAUCUGGGGCCCGUUGACGAGGAUGACAAUACUGCAGGACGUUCUUCGUCGCCAAACGUGUCAAGAUUGAGGAAGAACUUUUCAUCAUCAAGUUUAAGGAGCAUGAAGAGUCGCAACAUGUCAAUCACGAAUCUGGAUGAUAACUCAGAUAUGUCCCCGGGGACUCCAUCAAGUAAUACGCCGUUUGGGACUUCGCGGACACCAGCUGUCCCAGCACUCCCCACUCCCUUGGCAGCUGCUUUCCGAGAUAGGCUAGAUACAGCCGCAGCUGGCCUCUCUCUCUUUGACGACAACUUCCACUCCCCAACCAUUCCUGGAUCACCCAACUCAAUUACUCCGGAUGUGCCUGUGCCUCUGGAGCCCUGUCCGACUGACUUCAUGCUGAGGCCAUUUUGGCUCAUGCGAUGCCUAUAUCAGACCCUAGCACACCCCCGGGGAGGCUACCUGAGUAGCAAGCUGUUCGUGCCGAGGGAGGUUUGGCGAGUCAAAGGUGUGAAGCUGAAGAACAUUGAAGACAAAGUUGCCAACUGCGACUUCCUUACUGCUGCCCUCCUCAAGAUUGCCAAAGUCGACACGUUUGAUGCAGACGCUGUUCUAGUGGAGAUGCAAUCUCUAGAGGGCGUCCUUGAGCAAGUUCAGUCGGCACUAACCCGCAAGCUAGGGAAUGAGGUCGGAGUUCAGGGCUCAGCAACGCUCUUCAAGGACGCAUCAAUUAGCGCGGAUGGGGAUGCCGGGACUGGCAUGCCACGUUCCUCUAGUGUGUCGGGCAAGUCGGCAUUUUCAUGGCGACGCCUACGUUCCAAGAACUCUGCCGUUGGCCUGGGAGGGUCUUACAACAGCAAGUCCGUAGGGCCAGAUGCUAGCAAUAUCCCAGGCAUCCCUAGUCUGCCCAUGACAGGGCACCCGACAAGCCGGCCUGCGAAACGGGAUCUAACACAGGCACAGUUUACGGGUCCGAAUGCAAUGUAUAUGAGCUCGCUUGCGCGCCUCUUUGAUGCUGCCCAAGCCAUUGAUCAAAUCGCAAGGCAGGUGGAAGACCCUGGACUGCGUCAUGCCGACAAGACGCAGGUCGGUCUGGAACUAUGCACGCGGCACGCGGCGGAGUUCUUUGGGUUCUACGUGUGCCGCGCUGGGCGAGCCUGGACGCGGCAAUGUCUCCCGCAAGCUCGACAAUGGUCGAGCUGCCGCCGUGCCGUCGCUCUGCUUACCCUUCCCUCACGAUUCCCACCUCGACGCGCAUUCGCUACCAAAUCGGUGCCAAAACCGACGCCCUCUGAACUCGAGGCUCGCAUCUCCGCCAUCCCGAUUGACCGAUAUCGGAACUUCUGCAUCGUCGCCCACAUCGACCAUGGCAAGAGCACGCUGAGCGAUCGUCUGCUGGAACACACGGGCACCAUAUCGGCCAGCGACAGCAACAAGCAGAUCCUGGACAAACUUGACGUCGAGCGGGAGCGUGGCAUCACCGUCAAGGCUCAGACAUGCACCAUGAUAUAUAACCACCACGGCCAAGACUACCUCCUCCAUCUCGUCGAUACGCCAGGCCACGUCGACUUCCGCGCUGAGGUCACUCGCUCCUAUGCUAGCUGCGGUGGUGCCCUGCUGCUUGUGGAUGCAACCCAGGGCAUCCAGGCGCAGACGGUGUCCAACUUCCACCUCGCCUUCGCCCAGGAUCUUGACCUGGUCCCCGUCGUCAACAAGAUCGAUAUGCCUGCAGCUGAUGUGCCGCGGGUCCUGGAACAGAUGGAGAACACAUUCGAGCUGGACCCCAAGGACGCCAUUCUGCUGAGCGCAAAGACAGGCAAGGGUGUCCCUGCCGUGCUACCAGCUGUCAUUGAGCGCAUCCCUCCUCCUGAAGGCGACGAAAAGAAGCCGCUGAAAAUGCUUUUAGUGGACUCAUGGUACGACAAUUUCCGCGGCGUGGUACUCCUCGUCAGGGUCUUUGACGGCGUGAUCAGUGCUGGCGACAACGUUGUCUCGCUCGGCACUGGCAUGAAGUACACCGUGGGCCAGGUUGGCAUACAAUAUCCGCAUGCGACGCCGCAACAGGUUCUGCGCGCUGGCCAGGUAGGCUACGUCUAUUUUAACCCAGGCAUGAAGAGGAUCCAGGAUGCGAAGCUCGGCGACACAUUCACCACCCUCAACGCCGAGGACGAGGUCGAGCCACUUCCAGGCUUCGAAGAACCCAAACCCAUGGUAUUCGUCGCAGCCUUUCCCACCGACCAAAGCGACUAUGGCCGACUGGCAGACAGCAUCACUCAGCUUGUGCUCAACGAUCGCAGCGUCACGUUGCAAAAGGACCACUCUGAGGCUUUGGGGGCGGGCUGGCGAUUAGGCUUCCUCGGAAGCUUGCACUGCUCUGUCUUUCAGGAUCGUCUAAGACAGGAACACGGGCGCAGCGUUAUCCUUACGGAACCCAGUGUGCCGACUAAAAUUGUUUGGGCUGAUGGGUCCGAGGAGGUCGUGCAGAACCCGGCUCUGUUCCCCGACCAGAGCCAUCCACGUAUCCGCGGCGCCCAGCUCUAUGAGCCGUACGUCAAGUGUACAGUUACGCUGCCAGAAGAGUACCUUGGGAGGGUCAUCGAGCUUUGCGAGGCCAAUCGAGGAGAGCAGCAAAGCAUUGAGUUCUUCAACACGACGCAAGUUAUUCUGGUAUACGAUAUACCCUCGGCCCAGAUGGUUGAUGAUCUCUUUGGGAAAUUGAAGAGUGCUACCAAGGGGUAUGCCACGUUGGAUUACGAAGACUCGGGAUGGCGACAGAGCCACCUAGUCAAGCUUCAGCUGUUAGUCAAUCGGCAACCAGUUGAUGCGAUCAGUCGCGUUGUGCACAGCACGCAGGUCGACCGUCUUGGGCGCCACUGGGUGACCAAGUUCAAGCAGCAUGUCGACCGCCAGAUGUUUGAGGUCGUGAUUCAGGCAACAGUCGGAAGCCGAAUCGUGGCGCGCGAGACCAUCAAACCUUUCCGCAAGGACGUGCUUGCAAAGCUUCACGCUGCUGACGUUUCGAGGCGACGGAAACUAUUGGAGAAACAAAAGGAGGGAAGGAAGCGAUUGAGGGCCGUUGGAAACCCGGCGACGCCCACCCGCAAGAAGCCCGCGUGCGACACGACGAAUAUGAGUUUCUCUGGCCGCUGGCUCAGGGUCUUGAGGCCGAACUCGGGAGACGUCUUGUCGGGCCAUACGGGGUCGACGUUGCUGAAAUUGACGCGGGGAAAGUCGCCCGUCAGCGACGAGACGGGGCUUCCUGUGUCGCAGGGCUUGUCCGAGUUCUCUAGACGAGACCAAGAGAGUCAGCGGCCAUGA